UUGCUCCAUCAUUUUUAGCCGCAGCGUCCGAGCAUGACACCUGCCUGGACGGUGGUAGCCAGGGCGCUAGCCAAGCAGGCGGGCUAACUGCGCACUUGUUACAAACAAGCUCGAAAAAUACCUUGUUUAGGUUAGCCGUCUGUCUAGCUAGCGAAUACUUCCACAGAAAAGAAAAAAAAAGACAAAAGCAAACGAUAUGCUCAGCUGCAGCGGUUGCCUCUUAGCACCGUGGGAUUCAUGGGGAACUUUUUGGACGGUCCGGACCUCUAAUCGCAGCGAUGCGCAUUAGAAACAGACUGUUCGGUUCAAGAGCUGAGACGAAUGGAACAACAAAACCUGGAGAAGAUGGUGACAAAUUUGAUGAAGAAGAAAAAGAGGACAGGGCCACACAGUCACUGCUUAAUAAGUUGAUCAGGUGCAGUCUUGUCAACAACACGAACCAAGUGGAGGUUCUCCAGAGAGACCCGAAUUCUCCACUCUACUCAGUCAAGACAUUCGAAGAGCUGCGACUGAAACCUCAGCUCCUGCAAGGGGUCUAUGGAAUGGGCUUCAACAGACCCUCCAAAAUCCAAGAAAACGCAUUGCCUAUGAUGCUGGCAGAACCGCCCCAGAACCUGAUUGCCCAGUCCCAGUCUGGCACGGGUAAAACCGCCGCCUUCGUGCUGGCAAUGCUCAGCCAUGUCGACCCAGCAAACAAGUGGACCCAGUGCCUGUGUAUCUCUCCCACCUAUGAGCUUGCCGUGCAGACGGGCAAGGUCGUGGAGCAGAUGGGCAAGUUCUACCCUGAAGUAAAACUGGCAUACGCCAUUCGGGGCAACAGAAUGGAGAGGGGCAACAAGAUCCAGCAACAGGUAGUGAUUGGCACGCCCGGGACCGUGUUCGACUGGCUCCUCAAGCUCAAGCUGAUGGACCCCAAGAAGAUCCGCGUGUUCGUGCUGGACGAGGCCGACGUCAUGAUCGCCACGCAGGGCCAUCAGGACCAGAGCAUCCGCAUCCAAAGGAUACUGCCCAGGGACUGUCAGAUGCUGCUCUUCUCCGCCACCUUCGAAGACACUGUGUGGAAGUUCGCUGGGAGGAUCGUUCCUGAUCCCAACGUUAUCAAACUGAAGAGGGAGGAAGAGACCUUGGACACCAUAAAGCAGUAUUACGUGCUCUGCCACAAUAAAGAAGACAAGUUUUGUGCGCUCUGUAACAUCUACGGGGUGAUCACCAUUGCACAAGCCAUGAUCUUCUGCCAUACCAGAAAGAUAGCAGCCUGGCUGGCUGGGCAGAUGUCCAAAGAAGGCCACCAGGUGGCGCUCCUCAGUGGAGAAAUGACAGUUGAGCAAAGAGCAGCUGUCAUCCAGCGUUUCAGAGAAGGCAAGGAGAAAGUGCUGAUAACCACUAAUGUGUGCGCCCGAGGCAUUGACGUGGAGCAAGUUUCUGUGGUGAUCAACUUUGACCUGCCCCUGGACAAAGAAGGGAACCCUGACAACAAGACCUACCUUCACAGGAUCGGCAGGACAGGCCGUUUUGGCAAGCGAGGGCUGGCCAUCAACAUGGUGGACGGCGAGUACAGCAUGGGCGUUCUCAAAGCAAUCGAGAAGCACUUCAAUAAGAAAAUAGUGAAGCUGGAUACAGAUGAUCUUGAUGAAAUAGAAAAAAUUGCCAACUGAAGUGAUGAAGAGGCCCAGUUACACUCCACCACGGUUUAUAUAGUUGCCUCCUCAAACAACCAUCAGCAUCUUUUAAGGUUCUGUUUUUAUUUUGGAGUAAAUGUAUGUUUACAUCACAUGGAAUUAGGCUACCUAACCUUUAAACUUAACUGGUUACUUAACCAGAAAAGUUUUAAACUUGAUCACAAAUUUGGCCAAACAGACUUGAUUCUUAGCUGAUUAGUUGACAAGUUUAAGUUUUGUGUAUGGUUGACAUACCAUUUGUUUUCAUUAAUGGGUCAAUGAGUGUUGCAAUUGUAGUAUAUUGACCUUGCUCACUCAACUAGGCAUUUGGUGGUUGAGCAGUUCUUGUUGUUGGUUGUUUGUUUUGCUGGACUAGUUGAAUGUCACUGUAGCAAUGUUUUGUAAUGUGUUGCUCUGUGAAAUAAGAUUACCAGUUUGGUUUCGAACACUUAUGCCUGGAGUAACAUCCAUAAGAUGUCAUAAGUAGGGAAAUUAUAAACAAGAACAAGGAAAAAUGUGCCUGAAUUCCCUUUAAGGAAUAAAUUCUGAUGUGCUGCAGAGAUUUAAUCUCCUGGGAUGUCAAAAACAUGAAGACAAUUUAAAUAGAUGUGUUUAAGGCAUUUUUGCUGUUGUAAUUAAGAGCAAAUUAAGGUUUGAGUUCUAUUUUUUGUUUCUUAAGACAUUAGCACGCAUGGUCAUAAGCAAGAGGUCCAUCGCUUACACUGAAUAAAACAGUAUACAAAUGGCUUAGAAUUGCUAGAAAACAAUUCACAUUUGUGUGAUUUAUUAGAAGGAAAAGACUAAAUGUUUUGCUGUUAUGUUCUUUAUGCUACUUUUGAUUGUUUAAGAAUGCAGUGUUUUGGAUAUGAGUGAACUGACGACAGUAAUUAACAGUAACAUUAAUGGUAAUUUAAUUAACAGUAGCACUUUUUCCCUCAUCUGCUGCAUUUAUAAUUUUAAAACUCUUUAUUUAUAUGCAAUAAAAAAUCCAAACUAUC